CACUUCUUGUGUUAGUUCUUGGAUAUCGCAAGCGACGCUAGCUCGCAAGUGCCUCUCAGCUUUUUUUAUACGCGAAUAAAUUGCAGUGAAUUUCGCAAGCAUAACACACGUGAAACUGCGCAGUUCUAAGCCGCUCCAAAUGAGUGCGAACCUCAAGAAUCUAAAGAUGAGCCAUUUCGGCGCUGCUGGCUUUGGCAUCUCAGCUGGCAAGUUGCUUGCAAACAAUAACACCAACGGCAAUAGCGGUGCAGGCUGCGGAGUGAGUGGUAGUGGGGGUGUGGGUGGAAGCGGAGGAGGUGCGGGCGCUGGCAGCAGCAAGUCAGCGUCCCAUGUGGUGGCCGAUACGGACAUCUUUGUGACGCCGAGUGGUACGGUAAUACCACUAAUACGGAGCAGGGAUGUGCCGAAGCAGCUGCCAACGAUUGCUGCCGCGUUGCAGCGGCCAGCGGACGAGCACUUGGCUGCCGAGGACCUAGAUGCGGUGCAGCUGGAGCUGGAGCUGAUGCUCUCAAAUGUGGCCUUGCGUACGCGCGUACUAAAAGCGGAAUACGAUAGCCUGGACAAGGACGAGAAGCGUCAGGAUCGUCGAAAAUUGGAACGCGCGCCGCCUGGCUCACCGCCCACAACGCUGGGCAUGCUCAAUGGCCUGCUGGGAUUGGGCAGCAACAGUGGCGGAGGCAGCAGCAGCGGCGUCGGCAGCCCAGCGACAGCAACGGCCAACAGCAGCUCGAAGAGAAAACUGCGUGAUGAGCCGACGGGUGUGCGCAAAAAACAAUCCUCCAUGACGAUACUCAAGCAGCAGCAGAUGGCGGGCUCCAAGCACAUGGCCAAGAACAGUCCCCUGGCCACGCACACGGACGACAGCAUGGACUACAUUCCGACUAUGCCCGCCAUCAACCAUCAACAGCAGCAGCAGCAGGCGCAACAGCAACAGAUUCUACCAAAGGUGGCGAUGCCUAAAAACGACAUGCCAAAUAAGUUUUGGCUAUCCGUUGAGCCUUAUUGCAUGCCACUGACCAACGAGGAUCUGCGACUGAUUGACGAUCUGCUGGAGCAGUAUCGGGGACCGUUGGUGCCGCCGGUGCCGCCGCUGGGGCCCCACUACUCCACGGUGUGGGCACAGGAGGACAUGAAGGCCUUGCAGCCGGGAGGGGCGCGCCAAAAGUCACAGAAUGCGACGGCCAUGCUGAAGAAGGCCGAGGGCAUGCUGGAGGAGGGCAUAACGGGCCCACUGACCCAGAGACUCGUCUCGGCGCUGAUGGACGAAUCACUGCCCAGCGAGCAGGCGGCGGUGGGGGAGCACAGCAACAGCAGCAGCAACGAGAACACCCACUCUUCAUCCACGAGCAAUGCGGCGGCCGCCUCUGGCAAUUUCCGCUCCCUGGCCAUGCUCAAGCACGGCGUUGGCAUUGAGCAGCGGCUGAAAAAGGAGCUGAUGGACAGCGGACUGAUCGACGCGAAUGAGCUGGGCGCCCACGAGGAUGUGGAUGAGGUGCUGCUCGAAAUCAAACGGGUCACCGCCGAGAUCAAUACGGUGGCUCAGUUCAAUAGCGACGAGCUGCAGCGCCUGCGCGCCGGCGCCAGCGAGGAGAUCAAGCGCAUCGAACUGAAGCGAAAACUGGACAGCAUCGACCAGGAGAUCCUCGAGUGCUACAAGCGAACGCAGCAGUACCGGGCCAAGCGCAAGGUCCACACGAACGAGGAGAAGCAGGAAAUACUCCGACUGAUCAGCGAGCAGCGGACCGUGGCCGACCAGCUGGAGCGCAUGCAGCUGAUGAGCGGGGACGGCGAUGGCAAGUUGUAGGACAGGAGCUUGGCCUGGAGCUGGCGUCAGUUAAUGGCGCUGCAUCGGGCGGCAAUGCUGCUGCAGCAGUGGGAACGUCAUAGUAUUUGGAACGACAUUAGCUUCCAAUUGCAAUGUGUAUAAAGGAGAGAGGAGGGCCACUGGAAAGUCGGAAUAUCGGUAAAUCGGGCAAUAGAACAGACGUGAAUGUCGAGAGAAUCUAAUCAAAUUUCGUCGCUGCUUAACUCGCCAGUUUGUAAAUUAGCAAAC